GCAGCAGCUACCUGGACGUGCUCAGCCCGGAGAUCAGGGCGUGGUGGGCCGGCAAGUUCGCCUACUCCAGCUAUGGCGGGUCGACCCGAAUCUCUACAUUUGGAAUGAUAUGAACGAGCCGUCCGUGUUCAAUGGGCCUGAGGUCACGAUGCCCAAGGACAACCUGCAUUUUGGCGGCGUGGAGCACCGGGACGUGCACAAUGCCUACGGCUACUACCACCUCGCCACCGCCGAGGGGCUCAAGAUCCGCAACGGGCCGGCCAAUCUCGACCGUCCGUUCGUGCUCCAGGCGAUCUUCGCCGGGUCGCAGCGCGUGGGGCCCAUCUGGACGGGUGACAACACGGCUGACUGGCAGCACCUGAGGGUGUCCAUCCCCAUGCUGCUCAGCCUCGGUCUUGCUGGCAUGGGGUUCUCAGGAGCUGAUGUCGGGGGCUUCUUUGGCAAUCCCAACGCGGAGCUGCUGCUGCGGUGGUACCAGAUGGGCGUCUUCUAUCCCUUCUUCCGCGCUCACGCUCACCUCGACACCAAGCGCCGCGAGCCCUGGCUCUUUGGUGAGCCGUACACCUCGCACAUCGGGAGGCCGUGCCGCGCUACGCGCUCCUGCCCUACCUCUACACGCAGUUCCGCACCGCCUUCACUGCCGGCACGCCCCCAUGCGCCCGCUGUGGUGAGCGGGUUUCCUGCUUGUCUGUGAGAAGCCAGAGUUCCCGACCGACCCGCGGCUCUUCAGCCACCAGGACUCCUUCCUGCUGGGACCUUACAUGCUAGCCCACCCUGUCACCGGGGAGGUGAGUCAGUGGA